CAAAGCAAAAUGUUCUCCAAAAUUGUGCUAAUUUGCGCUGUUGUGGCCGUAAGCCACGCAGGCCUCCUACAUCAUGGCCCGGCGGUAUCGUCUCAGAAUAUCGUGCGCCAUGAUCAAACCAUCCACCACGAGACGCCCAUUCACUACACUGCCCUGCAUACUGCUCCCGUGGCACAGGCUGCCCCUGAAAUCCAUGCUGCUCCAGCUAUCCACACCAUCCAAGAAGCUCCUACCUACCAUGCAGCCCCAGCAGUCCACGAGGCUUCUUCCUACCAAGCAAUCCACUCUGCCCCUACCUACCAUGUAGCUCCAGCAGGCCACGAAGCUCCUACCUACCAUGCAGCUCCAGCUGCUCACUCUGCAACUACAUAUCAUACAGCUCCAGCAAUCCACGCUACUUCAGCUAUUCACCAGGUCCCCGCCUACCAUUCAGCACCAGCUGUUCAUGAAGCUCCAGCUGUUCACGUUUCCACCGCACUUCACGCCGCCUCAGCUGGACAUGAAGAUCAUUAUGUUGACGAAUAUGCCCACCCUAAAUACGGAUACUCUUACUCGGUUGAAGACCCUCACACCGGCGACCACAAAUCUCAACACGAGACCCGUGAUGGUGAUGUCGUCAAGGGUGAAUACUCCCUCCUGCAACCUGAUGGUUCAUUCCGCAAGGUCACCUACACUGCUGACCACCACAAUGGUUUCAACGCAGUCGUCCACAAUACGCCUCCCGUGAUACAUCAUCAUUAGGACUUGAAGUCUGCUCGAUCUGUGAUAUUAGUGUUAAUUUGCUCAAGUACCUGUAGUCGCGAACACCCAUAAAGCCUUUCAUUUGUUCUCAUGUAUGUUUGUAUCUUGUCGAGUGUUUUAAAUGUUUUUUCCACGCCCUAAAAUAAAAACUCAAAUCAAUUGUGAAAAACUAUUAUCUCUAAACUGUCUCUUCGAAUGUGUAUAUCUCGUUGUGUUUUGAUAGCCUGUAGAAUAGUUUAAUGUCAUCAUAACCAAGCUUUCUAAUGGGGAUGGGCAAACAGAUGUAAAUAGGUUGGCUUAAAAGCAAUAAAUUAAAUUUUAGAAAA